AACUGAGUCAGAACUUCCCGGACUGUCCGCCAUAAAUCCCAGUCAGGAGAAGAACAUUCCUCCUGAAAGCAUCUGGGUCACGUGACUGAACCGAACCGGUCCGGGAAGACCAAGGUUCGGGAACCUAACCAGUCGCUGUGGGUCGCGGAUUUUCUCGCGUGAUUAUUCUUUGGACCAAGGUGGUAAAAGUUGUGGCUCGCGUCUGAAUCCGCCUGGUUCCGACUGUAAACGGACCGAAGGCUCAGCAGGAAAGUUCUGAUGGUUCUGAUCCAACUUCAGGUUAUAUUCUGGUUCCGGUCCAGGCCAGGCUGCUGCGGACUCUGAGGCAGCCAUGACGGUCCUGGGGGAGACGGGGGUGCUGCGGGACCCGGCCGACCUCCCGGCUCUGGAGAUCAAACUGGUGGCGCUGGUGGUUCUGCUGUCCGUCACGCUGCUGUUCGGGUUCGUCCCGCUCUGCCUCGCCAGGGCAGGCGGCCGCUGCGGCGCAGACCCAGAGCGGCGGCGCCGCCUGCUGGCCCUGAUCAGCUGUUUCUCCGGAGGCGUCUUCAUGGCCACCUGCCUGCUGGACCUGCUGCCCGACUUCCUGCAGAGCAUCGGCGAGGCGUUCAGGGACGCUGGGAUCAAACUCCAGUUCCCUCUGCCGGAGUUCAUCGUGGCCAUGGGUUUCUUCCUGGUUCUGGUUCUGGAGCAGAUCGUCCUGGCCUUUAAGGACCAGUCUCCGCCCCAGCUGGAGGAGCGCCGGGCCCUGAUGGCGGACUCCGGCGCCCAGGCGGCCGGCGGCGGCCUGGCCCAACGCCGCAGAGGCUCCGCGGAGCCGGCGGGGCCCCUGCACGCCGCCCCGGGCUCCCAGUCGGCGCUGCGGGCCUUCGUGCUGAUGUUCUCGCUGUCGCUGCACUCGGUGCUGGAGGGGCUGGCGGUGGGGCUGCUGCAGCGCGGCCAGGAGGUGCUGGAGGUCUGCCUGGCGCUGCUCAUCCAUAAGAGCGUCAUCGCGUUCUCGCUGAGCGCCGCGCUGUCCCAGGGCCGGCUGCGGCGCGCCGUGGUGUCCGGCUGCCUGCUGGCCUUCGCCGUCAUGUCACCGCUGGGCAUCGCGCUGGGCGUGGGGCUCACGGAGAGCCGGAUGUCGCCGCAGCACCGGCUGGCCCGCUGCACGCUGCAGGGGCUGGCGGCCGGCACCUUCCUCUACAUCACCUUCAUGGAGAUCCUGCCGCACGAGCUGGCCGCCGGCCGCGGCCGCAUCCCCAAGGUGGCCAUGAUGCUGCUAGGCUUCGCCGCCGUCACCGGGGUCCUCUUCAUCAAGGUGUAACCAUGGCAACGGGGAGAAUCAGAACCUCUGCUUGGACUGAUGGAGGGUGGCAUCUGUCUGUUAUACAGGAUCUUUGUUCCAAUGACGGUCAGAGUUUUGCAAAGUGAUAAUUUUCAUAAAGUUAUUGGAGUUUAACUAAAGGAAGUGAAUCAACCUGCUGCUGCCACGGUCAUAAACCAAACAUGAUCACUUCCUGUGAAACAUGAUCACUUCCUGUACGGCGCAAACAUCCAAUUCCCAACAAGAAUAUUCAACAUUCAUGACGUCACUUUGUGUGUUUGUAUAACCAGCUGUUAUUUACAUAAAACAAUCCUGGUCCAGAUGUUUUCAGUCCGGAGGAAACAUCUGGACCAGGAGGCAAAAAUCACCAGAAACAGGAGCCACAGCGCCCCCUGUUGGUCAGCAGACUGGAGUACAGAUGGAUAAAAACAGAAAGUUUCAGAUUUUUAAAAAAACAAACUAUUCAAGUAUUUAUAUAUUCUGAUUUUAUUUUACUGGUUAAAUGUUUGUUUCCUCCUCUUUGGUUUAUUUCUGCACCCUGAAUGAAUAUUCUGUAUAUUCUAUUAAAACAACAUUAGGAAACUUUG